AUGGAUGUAGACGCUGCCAAGCAGUGGUCGUUGGACUGGCACCUUCCUCUGAAUGAUGAAAAGUGCGUCCACGUGUCGUUUGGAGGGGAUUCAGCGAAUGCUUUUGUUAUGCAUGGUAAGAAGGGACCAGAAAACUUCCUGAGAAUAGAUGCCAAACAGGAUUUGGGCAUCUGGGUCUCCUCAAACUUGUCCUUCUCACUGCACCAUGAGAAAUCGGCCCAAAAGACAUUCGCCAUUUUACGGAUGAUCCGACGCACCUUCUCUCGUGUUACUCGAAUGGACUUCCAAAUACUCUAUGGGGCCUACGUCAGACCGCUCCUGGAGUACGCCAACCAAGUUUUCUACUCAGGACGCACAAAAGAUGUUAACCUCAUUGAGCGUGUCCAGCUGGCCGCCACUAGAAUGGUUACCGGCCUCAAAUCCGUGGACUACGAAACGCGUCUCGCGAUGCUUGAUCUCUUUCAACUGAAGUACCAUCGCCUCCGAGGGGACCUAAUUCUUACAUACGCCCUGUUUGAACAAAGCUUGGCAAACAGGUUUUUUACCGUUGACCCAGCAAACACCCGGCGAGGACAUAGGGCCGACGUCAGUAUUGUCAAUGAGCGGGGUCAUAGGCCGAUCAUGUAUGCAAAAGACCGCUCAAUAAAAGAGUUACUAUCCAAGGCAGAAACCGAGCUGGAGAAGAAAAAGGCUGAAAAAGAACGUGAAGAAAGACGGCUACAACCAUUGGAAUCUCGUCUGCGAAAGGCAUUAGUUGGUCAGGAGGCGGCUAUUCGGACUGUCAGCGCUGCUAUUCGCCGCAAAGAAAAUGGCUGGUAUGAUGAGGAUCAUCCACUUGUGUUCCUUUUUCUUGGAUCCUCGGGAAUAGGAAAAACGGAGUUGGCCAAACAGAUAGCGGCCUAUCUACACAAAGAUGUGAAGAAGGGUUUCAUCCGUAUUGACAUGUCGGAAUAUCAGCAGAAACACGAGGUUUCCAAGUUUAUUGGUUCCCCUCCUGGCUACAUUGGACAUGAGCAGGGAGGUCAGCUGACCCAGGCUCUCUCUGCCUGCCCAAAUGCCGUGGUUCUUUUCGAUGAAACAGAAAAGGCACACCCGGACGUUCUGACAGCCUUGCUGCAGUUGUUCGACGAGGGACGUUUGACCGACGGGCGUGGGCACACGAUUGAUUGCAAGGAUGCUAUUUUCAUUAUGACUUCCAAUGUAGGCAGUCAGGUGAUCGCAGAACACGCACAAGCGCUGCGGCAAGCUUCUGGUGAUUCAGAGGCUGAUAUCGAGUUAUCACGUGACUUUAAGGAGAAUGUGAUGCGUCCCAUCCUUCGACAUAAUUUCCUCCGUGAUGAAUUUUUGGGACGAAUCAAUGAGAUGGUCUAUUUCCUUCCUUUCUCCACUUCGGAAUUGACGCAGUUGGUCUACCGUUAUUUGUCGACGUGGCAGGAACGGGCCUCUAAGCGCCAUUCUAUAUCACUCUCCUGGGAUCGCGAAGUAAUCGAUCUGAUAGUUGAUGGGUACGACGUAUACUAUGGAGCCCGUUCUAUCCAAUACGAGGUUGAGCGAAGAAUUAUCAGUUUACUGGCGCUGGCAGAUGAACAAGGUCUCAUCUCUCCAGGUUGCCAGGUGCGAAUAUCUGUCAGUCACGUCAGUGUCAAGGAUGAAUCUUGGUCUGUCAACAAAUCCGGACAAUCCACACCGAGCUCUGAGACUGCGACAGGCUCCAUUUCCUCUUCACCACCGCGGAUUGUGCUACGAGUCACUACACCCAAGGGUGAACAACGUGAUCUUGAUCUAACCAAGACUCCAAUCGCCUGGAACUGAGUUUGGGACACAGACACACACAGAGAUAAUCUGUUUUUCGGACUUCUAGUGAAAAUACUUCACACUUCCCUGCUCCUGUCUUCUCAGCUACUUGUGUAAUCAGUUGUGUCGCAGAGUGCUGAGACUAAGGGUUUUUGGAAUUUUCAACAGCAUCUGUAUCAUAGAUUCUGUUCCACAGAUAACUGAGCUUAGUUAAGGACCUAUGAAAUUUGACUUAUCUUGACUGGUUUUCGCUCUCAUUCGGACGUGGAAAUAGAUUAAUGCUCUGGUGAUCCUUGUUAAUUAUCAAACGGAUUUCCCUGAAACCAAAACAAGGGGAACCUUGAAUAGAGGAUACCCAUGAGGAGGACCAGCAUUUUCCACGCUUAAGUUAUUUUAGCUGCAGUUUUUUGUGGUUAUAUUGUAUCUCCCCCGCAUGAUCGAGGUUUAGCUACUUUAACUGUGCAAUGGGGGGGGGAAUGUUCAAACUCCUUCGAGUGUCGUACACGACUACACAGUUUUUACUCGAUCAAGAGGCGCUAGGUACAAUUAGCAUGUCAAAAAUCC